UCUCGGGUGCACGACAGUAGCCACCAUUUCAUUUCACCCAAUGCAACACCACCGAAGCGAUGUACAGUGGUUGGAACGGACGCGGUAGACAGAGAAAUGGAAGCUUUGCUGAACCUGGGACCAUCGUUCGCAGUGUCAACCGCUGUCACUCAAGAAGUGCUGCGUUCAGCGUUGUGUGCCUUUCACAAGUUUGCCUACCAGAUUCGAUGAAAGGAGAACUCACAAGCAACACUCUUGGACAGGUUGUCGUCAUUCGUUGCAUCUGUGCCUUUCUCGGGUACAUCAUUAUCGGUGCCAAAACCAGUAACAUCUAUGGAACCUACACUAGCGUCACUUCAGGAGAGGCUGUUGCAAAUUUAUGCGAAUGA